CAACAAGCUUUCCAGUUCCGCAACCUUAGCCUCAUGCCUAACCAUCCCUACCCUAACCCAGCCUAUCCUCCGUCUUCGCCCCCCAACCUAAAUCUCCCGCUCAACGCGUCUCCUCCUCCUCCUCAAUCUCCGGGCUACGACCCUUUGUCCCCCCCAGUUUCUGGAUCUGACACCUCGGCCGACGGCAUCUACAUUUCGAGGAACUCCAGUGGUACUACCUCUCCGGCAUCUUCUCGCGGCGGCAGUCUUGUACAUAGGAAUCCUCUGCGCUAUAAUCCGACGCCGUCGCCAUCGAAUUCGUCUUCCGGCCGCCGCCGUGGACGUUCCAUUGACUCUGAUUCCGACGAACACAAUAACAUGAUGUCCGUUGUACAAGAAAUCGCUCACAACAGGAAGGAAGCCACAAGACGCCAGCGCAUUGAAGCGGAACAAAGGCGAAGAGAUGAACUCAGGGACGGAUACGCGAGACUAAAGGACGUCCUUCCUGUUUCCAACCAGAAGAGUAGCAAAGUAUCUUUACUUGAGCGUGCCACGAACUACAUUAUCCAGUUGGACAAAUCGACGCGACAGAUGCAGACACGGCUCGCAGCCCUUGAAGGCGAAGUACAGAGGCUUCGAGCGCUUAACGAGAAGAUAUCUCUUAGUGUCGGUAGUACCCCCGAGGCCUCUGCAAAUGUUGUUGGUCAGGCAAUGGUCCAUAAUAUGGAGCGUCCCUUAUCUCCACCUCCCGAGACUGCUUCGCAAUCUUCUCAGGCAUCGCAUAACCUCGUCCCAGUUACUGGAGAACCUCCUCGUGAGGAUUCAGACGGAUCCGACGAGUUUUAGCAUCUAGGAAAAUGAUAGGCCUUUGAUGCUGGACAGAAACAGUCUUUUUGUUAUUUAUGCGCUUGAUUUCCAUCUGUCGACAUCUGCUGCUGCUGCUACUGCUGCUGUAUAACGUUCCCUCGUUCCUUUUCGUUUUUCCAAUGUUUUCUUCUCUAAAUCUUGUUCGCUUUUUUGAGGAGCUUGAGGUGGUAUAUUUCGGAUAGUGGUAUCAAACGCUUCAACUCUGUGCCAGGAAUAACUUUUCAGCUCCUAAGACGCUCAAACUCUUCCAAAUUCAACGCAUCGUCGCUCCCCGCGUCUCCUUCGGUCCAGCAACCGGUCAGCGCUCGCCAUCGUAUUUUGAAGUUCCCCGUGUGGUGCCAAUUGGUUCCUUCAAAGAAGCUGGCCGGGAUUCCAGGAUCCCUAUCAGCACUGUAUUCAUCGCCUAAAUCGACACUUCGCUGUCAAAAUAAAAAUGCCGCACGAAGCUUGAUUGUACACUUCCGUUUCCAUCGCGCUCUCACGCACUCUGAUCCCAAUUGGUCUUGUUUUUCACUUCUGGAACGGUCACUCGCGACAUUCUUGUAACACCAUGAUUAUUUCUCCACCCUUCUCCAUACGAACGACGCUCAACGCAUAUCCAUCUUCGCUUCGCCCGCUGAUGCAUCAGUUCAAAAAGUGAGCAAAGACUGGAUGACGACCCAUCACGACACUGCCGACGCACGGAUGACCGAGGGCAGAUAGAGAAGUGGGUUCAAGCUUGUUCAGACGCUCGCUUGUCCCAUUUGUCUACAUACGUCUAACCUUUGCCAGGGUACAACCAUUUUACGCCCUUCAAGUGCGGGGAGAAGUACAAGCCUGCUGGCAGCUUGUCUUCAUUUCUCUUACUCUGCCCACCAUCUUAUACGCGAGCAAUGAACAACUCAGCAAAGAGACUACUCGUAGGCACUACAAUGGACAUUUUUGUACAUAAAGUCAUGUAACUACAUAGUCUGUUCGGCGUACAAGUAUUUUCGC